AUGCUCGUGCAUUAUACCGAUUACUACCGGGAGAUUCGCGAUCAACAACGAACGGAGGUCCUCAACACCUGGUCUCGAGCGACGGAGGGAAGUUUAACGUACGCGGCGCCAAAAGUGGAGGAAUCCAAACACGGGCUUCCCGCGGAGAUCACCAUCUGUUUUGACAACUCCUUCUCGUUGUUCUCCCCGAAGUGGGUGAGCUUCUCGAUUAUUAAGUAUGACGUAUUCGAGGUGGAUCCGAAUACGGUGCGUAAGGUGGACGUGGAAAUGGAGGAAACGCUGCACCACUACGGGAAGGUGAUGUUCAACCUGGUAAGGGAUGCCGACCGCAUUAAGAACCGCUCCACCACCUCCCUCAUCGGCAUCGGGCUGACGAUCAACAUUCUGGAGAUUUUAGCUCGUUCGAUAUUCCAAUAUAACGCGCUAACCCGCUUUAUGAAACGAAUGCAGCAGCAGUACUUGACCACUAAUUUGAGGGAAAUCGCUGAGUAA